UGAUCGGAUUGGAGGGAAAUUGGUGGCAAUUAAUCCUCUGGGAUUGAGAGAAAAGCGGGAGACUUUCCUCCCGCUCCCCAGCUCUCGGUUCUGAUUGGCUGUCUCUGUGAUCCCUGGGGGCCCGGGGCCAGAUAAAUUCGCCCGCGGCCCGAACGGUCCCGCUCUCGGACCUUCGUCACCUUCCUCUUCCUCAGGAAACUAUGACCGGUCGGGAAGAACUUAGCGAAGACAAACCCAAAGUGAAGAUGCUCUCUCCAGGGUUCGGUAUCGAUAAAUCCCGGCUGCACGGCUCCGGGUUUCGCUCCAAAGGCUUCGCCAUCACCGACCUGCUGGGUCUGGAGUCCGACCUGCAGGUACGGCCGCAGCCCGGCGGGCCCCCCGGUUCGGGCGUUUCUGCGGCGGGUUCUGGGCCUGGAUCGGAGCCUCAGGGGGUGGCCGGCGGGCUCGGCGGGUUCUCCUUCCCGGGUGGUUCGCUGCCUCUCGGCCUCGGGUUCCUGUGCAGCCUGGCGGCCCAGCAGCCCGCCGGAGCGCCCUGCUUCCUACCGGGACACCUGCCGCUGCUGCAGGCCCGGGCAGACAGCCACUACCUGCAGAACCUGGAGGUCCAGAGAGACACUUACUCCGAUGAAGAGUGUCUGUCGGACAGAAACGACCCCAAAAGUUCCGGAAACUCACAGAAGAGGAAGAAGAGGAGGCACAGGACGGUGUUCACCUCCCAUCAGCUGGAGGAGCUGGAGAAAGCUUUUCAGGAGGCUCAUUACCCCGACGUGUACGCCCGGGAGAUGCUCGCCAUGAAGACGGAGCUGCCCGAGGACAGAAUCCAGGUGUGGUUCCAGAACCGGCGUGCGAAGUGGCGUAAGCGUGAGAAGUGCUGGGGUCGCAGCAGCGUAAUGGCGGAGUACGGUCUGUACGGGGCGAUGGUGCGACACUCCAUCCCGCUGCCAGAGUCCAUCCUCAACUCCGCCAAGAAUGGCAUGAUGGGAUCCUGCGCCCCCUGGCUGCUCGGUGAGCCGCAUGCACGGAUGCACAAGAAGUCUUUGGAAAUGGCGAAGAAGUGCUCCAGUCCUCCGGUUUCGGACUCCACCCGCUCAGACUCGUUCUGUGACACUUCAGAGCAAAGAAGAGGCGGCGAGGCCCGGGAAGCGGAGGAGGAACUGCUGGAGCAGGAGGAUGAGGAGAUGGAGGAAGAGGUGGCCAUUGACCUGUCCAGCUCCUCCAAACAGCAGCAGCAACAGGAGGGCGUGGCCUCCACAAGGACCACCCCCUCGCCACAGCAGCAGAAUGGUGGUGAAUCAGACAGCUGAAGGUGGGCGGAGUUUGAGAGGUGGACUGAUGAUGGCUUUCUUCUGUUGGAACACUGGGAUUUGAUUGGCUCUUCCAGGAAACUCAGCCAAUAAACAAGCAGCUUUUCCAUCAUCUGUUUCUAUGCAACACAUAAAAAAUACCAGAAAACUGUGUUAGAAAUAUUGAAUUAUUUAUUAUUUACUAUUUAUUUUAAAUGUAAAGAACAUUACAACAGCAUGGCCCUCUGUGGGUGCUGCUCCUCACAGGCGUCCAGAAGCUGGCUAAUCAGAAGAGAGUGGGCUUCUAGGGAGGGAGGCCAUAAAGAGACAGGCACUGUGCAGUGGAACGAAGAUCCAGCAGAGGAUAAAAAGGAGAUUUUUAAAACUUUGAACUAUGCAGCCCCUUCUGUGGACUCCUGGAAUAAAAACCUCUGAGUCAGCAAACACUCAGCAAAGACAUGUCGCCGUGACGUCAAACACCAUGGCGAUCAGAUCGUCCUCAA